AUGCGCGACAGACCGACCGGUGGUGGUGGUGGUCCGGGACCUUCGAAAGAUGAAGCGACAAAAUUCACCGCGACAGGGAAAACGACGUGGCGCGGCGAGGAUAAUACGAAACCGAAGCGAAAUUUCGAACGAUCGAAUAAUCGCGGCGAACGGGAUUGGUCAUUCUAUAAGGAGAUCGCAACAAUUUGUCGACAGCUUAUCCUGUUAUUGGCUAUAUUGGCCCUUGCAGCGAUCCAAAGUGGAUUGGCAGGGCACGCUCACAGUUUCGCGCACUUUCAUGGACCGGUCGUAGGGUCCGGACACGAGGUAGUUGUCCACGAUAAUCAUGGCCAUCAUCAUGUAGACUACGUCGCGCAUCCCAAGUACGAGUUUGCGUACGGAGUCGAGGAUCAUCACACUGGCGAUUAUCAUGGACAAAAAGAACACAGAGAUGGAAAAAAGGUCGUCGGCAAGUACACCGUCAAGGAACCGGGCGGUAACAUCAGGACCGUGACCUACCACGCCGAUCCGCACGGAGGAUUUUUUGCUCACGUCCACAACUCCGGCGGUAAUAACCAUCAUGGCGGUACAUACGGCGGUUACGGACACCAUUGAAGACGUCAAGGAAACCCAAGUGUGAUAUAUGACGCAGACAGCGGUGAUUCGACUUUACAUCUCGCUCACGAAAAUCGCCAAGAAGAGGAAAGAAGAAUAAAUUGAAAGUGAUAAUACGGCGCGGGCCACCUUAAUGCGCUGAAAGGCCCUCUAUAUAGCUUUGAUAAAGGGACUUUUCCCGUACGAUUUCGCCUUUGCAUUGUGAUCGCGGCAAUUCUGCUGCCAAGGCUCGUUACGAACCUCAAAUGGUGCCAGCUCCCUCUGAAGAACACGAAAAGUUUCCGUACGUUUAAGCGAGAUUUCCAUUAUUGAAGCAUAACACUUAUUUAAAUUCACGAAUCUGAUACUUUAUCCAGCUUUCCUGUAAUAGGAAGUCCUUCAGGACAUGAGUGAGCCAAGAAGUAUAAUAAUCAAGGAGUACCAUGCGAACAUGCUGACGUAUACCUGCGCUACCCUAAUUUCUUUCAUCGAUAAAUUAUUAACAUUCACAGUAAAUUGCCUAACUUAAGAAAAUGUUCUAGUUGGAAAUUCUCUUAACAUUUAAUACGUUAAAUUAUUCAUAAAUUUACAUUAGGAUUUUACAAAUAAUCAUGUGUAAUUUCCAUAUAAUUAUAUAAAAAUUACUUUAAAUCAUGACAAUGAAAUGUGCUAAUGUUAGCUGUCUACUACUCUAAAUUUCAUAAAUUUAUGUUUUUUGUUUCUAAUUAUAUUUUGUGAUUCUCUUUUGUAAAUAAUUUUUUAAUAAUAUGUCAUGUUUUGACACAAUAUACCAUUAAAAAUAAUU